AUGGCCGAGUACGUCGCCGUGCUAACGCCCCGAGCGGGCGCGCCGCCCAAGACCCGCGACGUCAACCCGCGCGAGACCGCGAACUGGGCCUCGGUGCUCACGAUUGCGUGGAUGGACGGCCUCAUCCAGCGGGGUGCGAAGGCGCCGCUCACCGAGGCCGACACGUGGCCGCUACCCGCCAACGACACGGCGCACGUGCUCUACGACCGCUUUGAGAAGCACUGGGCGCUCGAGAGGAAGAAGCCUGUGCCGCGGAUCCAUCUCACAAUGUGGCAUACGUUCCGAACCCAGAUCCUCUGGGGCCUCUUUCUCUACGUUGCGUACGCCGGCAUCAUGCUACUGCAGCCCAUCUUGAUCCAGUCCAUCUUGCAGUUCCUAGCUCAAGACCCGGUCGUCCAUACGUCCAUGCACAUCCACGACGGCUACGUGCUCGCGACGCUCCUCACGCUGCUCUCGUUCUUCUCGGUCACGCUCAUCGACUAUGCGCAGUACGCCAACACGCACACGGGCUGCAACGCCAAGUCGAUUGCGAUCGACAUGGUCUUCCGCAAGACGCUCACGCUCUCGGGUUUCGCCAAACAAGAAAUGACCACCGGCGAGGUCGUCACGCUCGCGUCCGUGGACGCCGAGCGUCUCUUUCUGGGCUUUAGCUUUGGCUACUGGGCUGUCAUCGGCCCCGUCAUGCUGGUCGCGGUCUACAUAAUGAUUGGCAGCCAGCUCGGCGCGGUCGUCGGCGUCUGCGGCGGCGCAACAAUGUUCCUCUUCCUCUACAUCGGCUUUGUCUCGGGGCGCAAGGUCGGCGAGGUCCGCCGCGCUCUCCUCAAGGUCCAAGCCGAGCGCGUCAAACUCACCAACGAAGUGCUCCAGGGCAUCCGCGUCGUCAAGCUCUACGCGUGGGAGACGAGCUUGGAGGCGCAAUUGGCCGUGAUCCGCGACCAAGAGCUCGUGCUGCUCUCGGCGUACCAGACGCGGCGGACGUUCAACACGGUCAUUUUGUACAUUGCGCCCGUCAUCUCGCUCGCGAUCUGCCUCAUGGUCUACGUCGCCCUCGGCAACGAGCUCACGUCGCCCGUCGCGUUCACAGCGCUUGCCUACAUGAACAUUGCGCGGUUCCCGUGCACGGUCUUCUCGACCGCCGUCAUGAUGACGUCCGAGAUGGUCGCGUCCUGCCAGCGCAUCAGCAAGUACUUGUCGUCCGACGAAAUCACACCCUCGAGUCUGGCGAUCCAAGAUGGCCCGUCGACGGUCGAGAUGACGGACGCGGCGUUCAGCUGGGCCGCACCAGCAACCGUCUCGGAGGCGCCGCCGCUCACACUGCAGAACCUGACGUUUUCGCUGACACCCGGGAGUCUGACGAUCGUGGUGGGGCCUGUCGGUAGCGGCAAGUCGAGCCUCGUGAGCGCGAUCCUUGGCGAAAUCCACCAAGUCGGCGGUGUUCGCAACGUCGUCGGCAACAUCUCGUACGUCAACCAAGAAGCUUGGAUCCAGCACGCGACGCUCAAGAAGAACAUUCUUUUCCAUUCUGACUGCGACGACGACUACUACCAAGCAGUUCUCUCUGCGUGCCAGCUCACGCCCGACUUGGAGAUGCUGCCGGACGGUGAUGCGACCGAGAUUGGCGAGCGUGGCAUCAACUUGAGCGGCGGCCAAAAGGCGCGCGUGAGCCUCGCCCGCGGCGUGUACCACCGCAAGGCCGACAUCUACCUCCUCGACGAUCCACUCAGCGCCCUCGACGUGCACGUGGCAACGGCGGUCUUUCACGAGUGCAUUCGCGGUCUCCUUGGCGGCAAGACGACGGUCCUGGUGCUCAACAGCCACUACCAUUUUCUGCCGCUCGCCGAUCGCGUUUUGCUCAUGGACAACGGGUCGAUCGUCGGUGACGGCACGUACGAGUCGCUCAAGUCGACGUUCCCGCACCUGAUGAACUUUACCGAGUCGAGCUCAUCCGCUGAAGACGCCGGCGUAGACAAGGCUGUCUCGACGAAUAACGUCAAGAAGCCGGCCAAGCCGAUGAGCCCGAAAACGGGCGGCGGCGGGCUCAUGGACAAGGAAGAUCGCGCCAAGGGCGCCGUCUCGACCACGACGUACAAGACGUACUUUGGCUCGAGUGGCUACAACGGGGCGGUCGUCGCCGCGUCCAUCAUCACGUUCUUUACGGUCUCGCAGACGGCGCUGGCCAUGACCGAUUGGUUCAUGAGCUACUGGUCCAACCACACCGACAUGAUGGCCAAGAUCUCGUCCGGAUACAUCUACCUCGGGUGCGCGGUCGUCUCGGUCUUCCUCGUCUACGGUCGAUCUCUGUACGUGCUCAUGGUCGCGAUCAAGUGCUCGCAGUCACUCCAUUCGAUGCUCGUGCACAAGGUCAUUGGCGCGCCGGUCCCAACCUUCUUUGACGUGACGCCCAUGGGUCGGAUCCUCAACCGGUUCUCGAGCGACUUGGAUCAAACCGACUCGCAGCUGCCGUACUUUGGUCUGUUGCUUCUGCAGUUUCUCUUCCAGAUUGUCGCCGUCCUCAUUGUCUGCGUCAUCUCGACGCCAUGGAUCCUCGUGGUCUACGCACCGCUCGCCUACCUCUUUUACAAGGUGCAGCAGUACUACAACAAGACGUCGGGGGAGCUCAAGCGACUCGAGAGCAUUAGCCGCACGCCCGUUGUGACCUUGGUCUCGGAGACGCUCAGCGGCCUCUCGACCAUCCGCGCGUUCAACAUGACGGAAACCUUCCUCACCAACCAACGCACCGCCUUGGACCACUACGUGAGCUUCUCGUUCUUGUUCCAGUGCUCGGCCCGCUGGUUCCAGAUGCGUCUCGACUGGCUCAGCGCGGCCAUCAUCACCGGCGUCGCCUUCAUUUGCAUUUUGACAAAGUCCUCGAUCGGUAUUGCUGCCGCCGGCCUUACGCUCACGUACGCGUCGCAGCUCUCGGGCUUCUUGUCCAACAUGUCCAAGAUGCUCAACACGGUCGAGAAUCUCAUGACGUCGGUCGAGCGCCUCAGCACCUACGAGGCCUUGCCCAGCGAGGAUGACACGACGAUCGAGCGCGUCACCGUCGACGCGUCGUGGCCUGCGCAGGGUGUCAUCACCUUUAGCAACUACUCGAUGCGGUACCGCGACCACCUCGACCUCGUCCUCAACGAGAUCAGCUUCACGGUGCCGUCGGGCGCCAAGGUCGGCAUCUGCGGCCGCACCGGCUCGGGCAAGAGCUCGCUCAUGGCCGCGCUCUUCCGCAUGUUGCGAACGUACCCGGUGCUCUUCUCUGGCUCGCUGCGCUUCAACUUGGAUCCGUCGGGCAAUGCUUCCGACGACGAGCUCUGGACGGUCCUCAAGCAAGUGCACUUGGGUGACGGCAUUGCGUCGCUGGACGACGAGGUGGCCGAGCGCGGCAGCAACUUCUCCGUGGGCCAGCGCCAGCUGCUCUGCAUUGCGCGCGCCUUGUUGCGCAAGAGCAAGGUGGUCGUCCUCGACGAAGCGACCGCCAACAUCGACCUCGAGUCGGACAAGCGCAUCCAGGCGACGAUCAAGGAGUGCUUUGUGGGCAUCACGAUGCUCAUCAUUGCCCAUCGGCUCGACACGAUCAUCGACUCGGACCGGAUUCUGGUGCUCGAUGCUGGCCGCGUCGUCGAGUACGACACGCCGACGGCACUGCUGGCGAUUCCGGACGGGUCGUUUGCCAAGCUCGCAGAACAGGCGCACCUCCAGAUGUAA